CAGUGUCAGCCCCUCUAUUCACCGAUUCUCCUGGUACAUACUUAAGAGACCCCGUUGAGAGGAUCUUUUCUCUAUAAAGAGAAGAUGCAAUCCGACCGCCUUUGAAAUGAUCCCAAGGAUUUAUUGCAAUCAGUUCUUCUUCGCACUUCAAAAGGGAGGCACGGUGUUUGAACGCCAGCGGUUGUGAAAAGGGACUCCAAAAAGCGGCAGCAAGUGCGGCGGCUCACACUAGUUGGGUAACUUUUUACCACGUCGAGUCGAGAGAAGCGUGGACAUUUGGGAGAAUAGCGUGUCGCUGGAUUACUGACUUAACAGGAGGACUCUGUGGGACUUGUCGAGCAGUUUGGACUCGGAGGAUUUCACUCUUUUUUUGGUGAUCGCAUAGGCUACCUGUUUUUUUUUUUCUCGCACUGCUCGUCUCUACUGCGUUGGUUGCAGGUGCGGAUUCUGAACGCCUGGGCUAAUGGCUGCGCUGACGUUAUCCAGAACGGACAAUUUUCUCCACAGCUUUUUACAGGAUCGCACACCCAGCUCAUCUCCAGAGAGUGGCCCUAACCCGCUCUCCUUCCUGGCCACCACGUGCAGCCAGGCGUGGCAGGUGGGGGCAGCGUGGGCUGAGGGGCCCCAGUUCCCCUAUGAGGGGGCGGUGAGCUCCGCUUCUGGUAUGUUCCAGCUCUGGAGCAAUGAGGUGGCCCCCAACUCCAGCCUCACAGCCCACCAGAUGGCCUUCACCGUGCCCAAGGUCCAGUUCGCGAGCCACCUGCAGACCAGCCUUGGCCACCACCACCACCACCACCAUCACCACCACCACGUCGAGCUGCCUCUCACCCCUCCGGCGGAGCCCACCGCAGCCUACUCCUUCGAGCUCUCUCCAGUCAAGGUGCUCUCCUCCCAGCCACAGGGCAACGGGCCUUACUACCCCCAGCACAACGCCGUGGGCCAGAACUUCCCCAGCUUCCUGCAGAACACUUGCAGGCCUCACCUCGCCGCCGGCCACGUGGAGGAGAGCCAGCAGUGGUGGAGCCUCCCCCAGACCAACGGCUCCUCGGCCAACCACCCCUUCUCCUCCCUGGGGCGGCAGCUGGUGCUGGGCCACCAGCCGCAGAUCGCCGCCCUGCUCCAGGGCACCUCCAAGGGCCUGCUGAGCUCCACACGCCGCUGCCGGCGCUGCAAGUGCCCCAACUGCCAGGCGUCGGGGGGCGGCGGCGGCGGGCUGGAGUUCGGCAAAAAGAGACUCCACAUCUGCCACAUCCCCGAGUGCGGCAAGGUGUACAAGAAGACGUCCCACCUGAAGGCCCACCUGCGCUGGCACGCCGGCGAGAGGCCUUUCGUCUGCAACUGGCUCUUCUGCGGCAAGAGCUUCACGCGCUCCGACGAGCUGCAGCGCCACCUGCGCACGCACACGGGCGAGAAGCGCUUCGGCUGCCAGCAGUGCGGCAAGCGCUUCAUGCGCAGCGAUCACCUCUCCAAGCACGUCAAGACCCACCAGGGCCGCAAGGGUCGCGGAGGGCAGCCCUCCCAGCAGCAGCAUCAGCAGCAGCAUCAACAACACCACCACCACCCUGUGCCAGACACUCUGCUCAGCAUCAAGAGGGAGUGAGGUGAGGAGGUGGGGGCGAAGGACUGAGGAAGAGAAAGGGAGCAGGAGAAGGAAGGAAGGAGAGAGAGAUAUGCUGGAGGAGAGAGACAACACUGUCCCAUGGGCACACAUACUCCUGAGAUAAUAUGCUGUGUGUGUGUGUGUGUGUGUGUGUGUGUGUGUGGUCUCCCUGGUGACAUGCAAGUCUGGCAAAGCUGCUAAGCCAUAUUUGCUACAAAACAGACUUAUUACUUUUGUUUUCACUGGAAGAAACAGUCAGGACCCUUGGCUUACAAAGAGCUGCUGGACUGCACGAUGUGCCACCUACAUAUAUAUUGUGUUGAGACACUGGACAUGGCGCUUACGCACCAGGACCAAGGAUCCUACUGCAUCCUACUGUAAGCCACGGUCAGCUCAAACCUGUCAACUGCAAGUCCUUUUUAGCCGUAAUGUAUAUAUUUCCAACAUGACUAAAAAUUAAGAUUUAGGUGGUUUUCCGUAUAGUUUACCAUAUAAUGUCAAUGCAAUAAUUUUGACCCAGCACAAUGUAUGUUAAAUACUAAAGAGAAAGAUUCAGGUAGCAAUCUGUUUGAAAGUUAAAGCACAGCUAAAGCUUAGUUGCAAUAAGUACAUGUGUUUCUGAAGGGAAGUGUUGCCUUAAUGGAACAUGGCUUAUCUUGUAGUUAUUACACCCACAGAGAUUUUUUUGCAAUCUUCAGUGAUAUAUUUAACAUUUAACAUUCAAGUUCACAUUUAUUAAGGCUGUUGAAUAAAGACAACUGAAAUGCUGAUUUUUUUCUGUCUUUUCCACUAUGACAUAACAUGAAUGGGAUUGUUAAAUCAAAUUUAAUUAAAUUUGAACUCAAUCCUUAAAGUUUUUAAAAUUCCUUAAAACCUAGUUUUUUUUUAUCUGUUCUGUUCCUAUUUUGUGUUGUACAAGGCACUAGUGUUCCGUGAGGUAGGUUAAUUCACGAUGACAUGAAAGCUUGAGGUCUUGAAUCUGUGAGAACUGGUGUAAAUACUGUACAUAGAUCACACAGUUCUAUGAGGAAAGCAUGUGACAUAUUAAUAAACGACUGGAUCAAACAAAGUGCCAUCCUUUUGUUCUCUUUAUUUUGAUCACUUCACAGGGAAGGAUCCUUUUUUGUUUUGCGACCGAGAACAAUGCCUAGGGACUUCCUGAAAACCUCAUUAUAUUUUAGAUGUAAAUAUAAGCAAAUGGCCCGAGCAAUGAAAUCUAACAUUGUUGGGAGCGCUUGACUUCCAACGCCUCUUCUGACGGCAAUUCAAAUGUUAAUCAGCUGAACAAUGGGGAUGCUAAUUUUAAAUGGUCAUUGUUUCCUCUGUGUUGGCCCAACACUUUGAGGAGGACAAAUGACGGAGAAUUUUUACACCUCAGUGCGAACCCAGCAGAGCCCCCCCGCUGGAGAGGAGGGAGAAGAGGGGGGACCCCGGGACCCCGACCCUCCGCAAUCAAGUUCACAGCCGCGAGGCUCCCACCCGGCACGCCGGCCUCCACAGCAUGGAGAUCACACGCCGGACGGCCCUCCAGAGGGGCUCUCAGUAAACGGACCCCCCUGCUGGCAGGACCCCCUCGCUGGUGACAGAGGGCCCUUUGAUUCUGCCCCCCCUGUGAAAGUUAAUACCUUGAUCCC